AUGGACGAACUUCUUGAAGCCAUUGGGCCCACUCAUGGACCUGAAGUAUUGCUCCAAGCCUUUUAUACUCACUUCAAUCGUUUCAAAACAGCAGUUGCUGACAUUGUGUCGACUCCUACUGAUGCUGUGGUUAUUGCUCGUCUAGGAGACGAUCUUGACGAGUUCGCAGCAAUAUUGAAUGAGAAUACUCAACUCUUUCCUCCAGACGAGCUUCACACUAUCCAGACGAGUAUUGGAGAAAUGCAGCUCGAUAUUCGACUCUCAUAUCAAGACUCAGUCGAUGCCUCUCAUCAUGGACAUCCUGAUCCUGUGCAUAUCGAAUAUCCUGAUGGUCCUGGAAGACCUCGUAUCCAUAUUGAUGAGGACUUUCUUUGUUUUGCAUAUGCUCAUCGUACCACUGCUGGUAUUAGUCGCUUCCUCGGUGUCAGUCGCACAACUGUACGAAAUGCUCUGCUCGGAUAUGGUAUUGUUACCCCACAAGAUAAUCCAUUUACGACACCUGUUAUCCCCCCCACCGAUUCUAUAUCAGUCAAUCCGACUGACGAUGACGAGCUUCUUGAACCUGAUCUGUCCAUGCAGGAGGAACUACCUAGCGAGAUUGCCAUGCUUGCUUAUCCUGUCUCCUAUACUGGUCCAAUAUCUGAUCUCACCGAUGAUGAGCUUGAUAAUCUCAUCCUCAGGCUGCGUACCCACUUUCGCCGGGCAGGCAUCCGCAUGUUGCAUGGCAUGCUACGAAGGCUCAAUCACCCUUCCGCCGUAUUUUUGAACGCAUUCGCAUCCGCAGACGCGAAUAUCAUGUAUUGGGCCCAAAUUCACUAUGGCAUCAUGAUGGGCAGCAUGGCGAGUCUAAUUCGGUGGGGCAUUGUGAUACAUGGCUUUAUCGAUGGCUAUUCACGCCUUAUUACGGGCCUGCGGGCAAGCGAUAACAACCGAGCCGAAACAGUUCUUGACCUGUUCCUGGAUGCUGCAACAGUUUAUGGUGUUCCAUCGCGUGUUCGUGGCGAUCAUGGAACAGAGAAUCUCUAUGUCGCUGCGUGGAUGGAAGAUUACCGCGGUGUACUGCGGGGCUCGUAUAUCUGGGGCAGAAGUGUGCAUAAUAUCCGUAUCGAACGACUCUGGGUUGAUGUUACUGCCCAAGUCGGGGCUACCUGGCACGAACGGUUCACAAUACUCGAAAUCCGAUAUGGUCUUGAUAUCAAUAACACUGCACAUAUCUGGCUACUCCAUUUCCUCUUUCUGGCUACAAUCAACUCCGAACUUGCAUUCUUUGCCGAGUCUUGGAACGAACAUGAUAUUCAAAUCCGCCGAGGGCCUAGUCGCUCACCUGUUAGCAUGUUUGUCUUUGACAUGUAUGUUAAUGGUGUCCGUGGGGAUGCUUUUACCAGACGAGGAGGAGAAUAUGGAAAUUGA